AUGGCCGCGAGGUGCCUCGCCGCACGCGCGUCGCCGCUGCCGACGCGCCGACGCGCGGCGCCGUCGCACCGCGGCGGCGCACCGCGAAUCGCGCGACCGCGCCGCGACGCCGUCGUCGUCGUCGUCCGCGCGAGCGACGACGACGUCGACGACGACACGUCAGCCGAGGAUCUGAUCGUCGAAGUCGAGGAUCCGCAGACGUCGUCGUCCUCCUCCUCCUCCUCCUCCGACGUCGCCCCGUCAUCAGAUGCAGACGCGUCCUCCCCCCUCGGCGACCUCAUCUCCAGCCCGCUGUUCUACGUCACCUUCGGCAUCCUCGGCGGCGUCGGCGUCGUCCAGAAGUUCGAGAACGCCGCGCUCGUCCUCGCCGCGUUUCCGAUCGUCGGCCUGACGCUCCUCAGCAAGUCCGACUUCGGCCGACGGCUCGAGGAGAACAUCCUCGAGCGGCGACCCGCGCUGGAGGCGAAGCGCUCAGAGGUGGAGCGAUUGCGAGAGGAGGCGAUGGAGGCGUCGCCGCUGUACGGCGAGGCGCGGCCGCUGCUGCCGGGGAUAUCGUCGCCGCCGCCGCAUCUGACGGGGACGCUCGCGGGAGACCGCGGGUUCGAUCCGCUGAGGCUCGGGAAGACCCCGGAGUCGCUCGCGCGAGGCGUCGAGCUCGAGCUGCUUCACGCGCGGUGGGCGAUGCUCGCGGUCGUCGGCGUCGCGGUCCCGGAGGCGCUGUCCAUCGCGGGCGCGCUCCCGGAGGGCGCCGCGCUCGCGGAGCCGGUGUGGUGGAAAGUCGGCGCGGCGAAGCUCAACGGCGAGUCGUUAAACUACGGCGGCCUCGGCGGGUUCGUCAUCGCGGGGAAGCAAGGCGUCGCCGUCAUCGCCGCGUGUCAGGCCGUGUUGAUGGGCGGGCCGGAGUACGCGCGGUACGUCGGCAUACGAAGCCUCGAGCCGGUGGGCGUGUACUUGCCCGGAGACGCGAAUUACCCGGGGGGAGCGCCGUUCGAUCCGUUCGGAUUGUCAGACGACGCGGAUAGGUUCGCGCGACAGAAAGUGAUCGAGAUCGAACACGGGCGACUCGCGAUGGUCGCGAUGUUAGGGUGCUUCGCGCAGGCGAUCGUCACCGGGGAAGGGCCGGUCGCGAACUGGGUAUCGGUGUUCCGACGCGUCGGCGGCGGGGGCGACUCGUGA